AUGUCUGUGGUGAAGUCCAUCGAACUCGUGCUGCCCAAGGAUGCCGUCUACCUGGCUGGCUCCAGCGUCCACGGACAGGUGGUCCUGACCCUGAACAGCACCCUGGUGGACCCCGUGGUGAGGGUGGAGCUGGUGGGAAGGGGCUAUGUGGAGUGGAACGAGGAAGUCGGGGCGACCCGCGACUACAGCCGGGCCGUCAUCUGCAACAACAAAGCAGACUACGUGCACAAGACCAAGACGUUCCCAGUGGAGGAUAAUUGGUUAAGUGCGGGCAGCCACGCGUUUGACUUCCAUUUCAACUUGCCUCCCAGGCUCCCCUCCACGUUCAACAGCAAGGUCGCCCGCAUCUCCUACCACGUGCAAGCCUGCUGCCUGGGCCGGGAGCACGUGCUGGCCAAGCGGCGGGCCUACCUAAUGGUCCAAGGCACCUCGGACGCCCACAAGGAAAACCUACUCCAGAACCCUCUGCUGGUGGAGGCCGAGAAGCGGGUCCCUUACAACUGCUGCAGCCAGGGCAGCGUCCGCCUGCGCGUGCGCAUGGACAAGAGCGUGUUCGCCCCGGGCGAGAAGGUGGCCUUCACCGCCGAGAUCAGCAACCAGAGCGGCAAGUGCAUCAAGACGGUCACCUUCGCGCUGUACGCGCGCGCGCAGUACCAGGGCUUCACGCCGAGCGCCGAGCGCCGGCUGCGCACCGACAGCAGCGAGCUGCUGCGCCAGGAGGCCAACACGCACAUCGGCGCCUUCGGCACCAGCAAGGUGGUCAGCGCCUUCCACCUGCCGCCCGUGCUGCCGGUGAGCGGCGGCUCGCGCGAGGACGCGCUGGUGCAGACGCACUACGAGCUGGUCGUCACCGUGCACUUGCCCUGGUCCCUGAGCGGCGUGAAGGCCAAGGUGCCCGUCGUCAUCGCCAGGACCCCCGCCGCCGACACCGACGCGGCGCCGGGCUGCACGCCGCCCCCGAGCCGAGACCGCCAGAACUGA